GCCAAAUACUUGUAUUACGAGUAUCGGUAUUCAAAUACAAAUCUGAAUUACACUAUGUUUACAUUUUACAAGUCGGCAUAAAUUGUACAGAAAUUAUAAAAAAUAGUACCCCCUCCGUAUUUUUUUGUUUGCUGCAUUUUCUUUUUUUGGAUGUAUUCAAAAAUUUGCUACACUUUCCUUUUUUGGUAAGUUUUUCCUUUAAAAACACUCAAUUAUUCUUACGUUUUCUACCUUUUAUUUUUUUAUUUCAUACUUUUUUCCAUCUCUCAUAUUUUUUCUACACUAUUCAUUGUCCCUACCAUUUCACUCUUAAAAAAUGUGUCAAAAAAUGUGUCAAAAAAAUAUGGAGAGAGUAAUAAAACAUGAAUAAAUUUAGAGGAAAAGAAUUAGGAGUAUUACGCCCUUCUGAUUCGUGUCGGUUCGGCAAAUACAUCAAACGCUUCAAUAGGCCGGAGGCGAAACGUAGAAUUAUAGAAGUGAAGUAUUUGGAUUUACAUCUCCGGUUUGGAAUUUGAAUGGGUGGUUUCAGACAGUUAUUAAUUCGAAGAGUUCGGAAUCACAAAGUUUCUACUUCCUACUGGUAAAACCUUGUAAUUACGCCGGUUUUCCGAUCGAAAUGCCGCCGCUGCCAUCAUUGCCGGAUGAACUCAAAAUUGAAAUUCUCACCAGAUUACCCGUAAAGUCUCUGAUGCGUUUCACUGCAGUGAGUAAGUCAUGGCGCUCUCUCUUCACGGAUUCCGGAUUCGUCUCAGCACACCUGUCUAAAGGAGCUACCGAACAACUUUUCUGUAUAACUAAGACAGACCUGAAUACUCGUCGUUUUGCUCUUAUCAAAGAUGGAGAAAAUCUCGACGGCAAUCUCACGAUACAACUUGGACCAAUCGUCAAACCUGACAGGGAAUUCCCUCUUAGUUUUUUUUCUUUUUUCAAUCCCAAGGAUUCGGCAGAGAUCGAAAUCGUGGGCACUUUCGACGGAUUGCUUUGCUUAUGCUUUCUCCGUCCAGAUUCUCACCCCUUAAUUAUGUUAUGGAACCCUUCAAUUCGAAGACACUUGGUGUUACCACCUCCCUCCAUUCUCCCUCCUCCAAGGAAAGGUAGUCAUGCAAUCGGAUUUUGUGUAGCCAAGAACGGUGAUUAUAGUGUUGUGUGGGUCCAUGAAAAGCCUAUGUCUGUUGAAAUCUACUCUUUGAAUUCAGGUAAGUGGUCAAGUUAUUGUGAAGGGUAUGAUGCAUUGGGUUGGAUGUGAGGAUCUUGGAGUUUUUUCCUAAAUGAGGGUAGUUUUGAAUCUUAUUUCCCAAUUAAGGGUACUUUUAAACUUAUUUCCCAAAUGAGGGUAGUUUUUGCCUUGUCAUCCGAUUUUGCCACGUCACUUACUCUAGGUCAUCCACUAACCACUCCAUGUCAUCAACCAUCCUAUGUAAUCUCAUUUAGGUGUACUAAUAAAAAGUAUAAAAAAAUGAACCCACCAGGUAUUGAACUCUCAACCCCUUGCAUACACAAAUGGCUGGAAACCACUUGACUACAUUCUACAAUUAGUUCAAACUCUCACUUACACGUAUUUAAUUGGAGCUCGUAUUAUAUUUGUUUGAUGUAACUAAAUUUAAGUAAUUAACAUAUUCUUUUUUAAUGAAUUUUAUCAUAUUCGUUUAAAAUUAAUAUUAUUUCUUUAAUGUAAUUUUAAUUAAUAAAUGCUUAAUCUCAUAUGUGCAUUUAAAAAAUUAAGUUCAAGUAAAAGUUAUAACAAAAAUGUAAUUUGAUACUAGUACAUGCUAUUCAAGAAUAAUUUAACAUAAUUCUACACUAAAUAAAAUAUGAAAUAAAUAAAUGUCAUUCUAGGAGUAAUCUACUUCGGACUUAAAAAAACUUAUGUCAUGAGUAUCAAAAUCAUGUAUUUUAGUGUUGGGAUAUUUUAUUUUUUGUACACGAAAUUCAGUGUAAACAAAUCAUAUAUUUUUAUAUAUUUUACAUUAAUAAUACUUCCUCCAGAUUUUAAAAGUUGCAACAUUGAGAUUUCUGUACUAUUCAUCUACCUAACUUUGACUACGAUUUUUCAAUAAUAUACACAAUCAAAUUAUUAUGUAUAAAUGUUAUUAAAUCUAUAUUAAUGUAAAUUUUCAAAUAUUAACUUUUUUUAAUGUUUACUAAUAAGUAAUUAAAUAUAACUAAUGUCAAAAUUGUGUGUUGGCGAACAUGAAAGUCAAACUGUUGCAACUUUAAAAAAAUGAAAGAUAGUAUAAGAUUUUUAUUAAAUUAGUGGUGAGUUAGAGUCUAUCAUGACAUUUAUUUCUUUCAUAUUUUAUUUAGUGUAGAGUUAUUUAAUAAAGAUUAUUUGGAUGGGUUUUACUUUUUAAUUUCAUAUUUCAAAAUAAAUAUUUUAUCAUAUUCUCUAACUUUUUUUAGGAAAGAGAAGUGUAGGUUUAAAGAAACCAUUAGUGCACGAGUGAAAUUGGUAUACUAUUAACUUAAAUAUAGAUUCCGUCUAUAUUAAAUACUCAUAAAGCAAGAAUUGUACCAAUGCUUGAGAUUAGCAUAUUGGUCGCUUGUGCAGAUUGGUUCAAGCAGGUUGGGGGAUCGAUCCCUUCCUGAUCCGAUUUUUUUUAUAUUUUAUUAGCACACUUUAUGAGGUAAACAUACAAUUGUGGAUGACAUGGAGUGACUGGUGGAUGACCAAGAAUAGUGACGUGGCAAAAUCGGUGACAUGCCAAAAAAUAACCUUCAUUUGGGAAAUAAGUUUAAAACUACCCUUAUUUGGGAAAUAAGAUUUCAAACUACCCCUAUUUAGGAAAAAACUCGAGGAUCUUGAGGAUGACUACAUGUACAUUAGUCGUACAAUCACUUCACUUGACAUAAAUGAAGAGAUAUUAAGAAACAUACCAAUCCCGGAAAAGUUAAAAUAUUUUGGAGAGGAUGUAAGUACAAGUAUUGCUCUAGUUAGGGAGUCACUUGGUAUGAUGGAGAUGUAUAAUCAUUUUGAAUGUGACAUUUGGGUGAUGCAUGAAUAUGGAAAUAUUGACUCCUGGACUUGGCUAUAUAAAAUUGAUUUCAUGUCAACAUAUGAUGAUUGGCCGCUACCUAUAGUAUACGCAUUGAACACUUGGAAGAAUGAAGGGGUUUUUUCCGGGUCACGGCUACUCCUAUAUUUUGUGGAUGAUAAUCCGUACAUUGUGCCGGAUGGGGAAUAUGGUGACCAUCAUCUUGACUAUGUAACUAAGUAUUUUGAGAGCCUUGUUUUGCUCGGAAACAAAGAUGCCAUUGCAGAUGUGCAUUUGCUUCACGUUGUUGCAGAUUCAGGGCGCAUGGAAGAGGAGAAUGCAGGUGGUGGACAAGCGAUAUAGCACUUCAACGGCAGAGAUUUAUAAUACUCCAAAUGGUAUCAGAUAUAAGCUACAUCAAAGAUGGGAAAUUGUGAACUGUAAAUUUUACAUUAGCAUAAAUAAGUUCAUGAUGCCUCUACGCAGUAGAGUAUAGCUUUCGGUAUGAUAGUAGCAUAGUUAUUCUCAGGUAGUCCAUUCUGUGGUGGCAGUGCUUCAUGCGUGAUUGCGUUUUUAACAAUAUCAUGUUUAGUUUCUUGUUAUAUGAUAUUGUUAUGCUUAAAUAUCUUUAAGUGUGCAUAGGUUUUCAACAAAUGCCUAAGUGUUCCAUUUUGUUUUGGAGCAUAUUUUAGGCAUGUGGUAUAAGAGUUGUUUCCUUCUUUGGAUUUGAUGGCCGAAACUAUAUAAGAGGAAGAUGCAAAAGUUCAUUCAAGCUGUAGGAACCUUUUUUGCAUCAGGGUAGGAAGUUCCACCAAACUACUAGAAGUAGCAUUGCUUGUUAGCUCUCUCAUGGUUUUUGCAUUGGGAUUUAGUAACGGUUAGCUGUCACAUAACAUCACGCUAUUGAAGAGAGGCUCUAGGGACUUGGUACUUCUAGCGCCAUUUAAUGAGAGUUGAAA